UAUGAAGAAAAUGGCUGUCGGCCUGGGGGGGCGAUCCAGUACUUUUCUACUGGAUCAUGGUAAUUCCUCGGUGCUGGACCUCGAGCUAGUGACCAUAGCCGGGCCCGUCAGUCUCGGGGCGGUACCGUGUCUAAUCCUGGAAGGCGGUGGAGACGAGUUCCUGCUGGGCAAGGAUGCGCUCAAGCGACUGGGAAUUGAUGUGGAUCAGGCUCUGGCCAAGUUAGCAGAUUCCACAUUACUGGCCGAAGAGGACGACGAGUUUCCGGUGGGUGCUGAGCUGCCAGACCAAGACUCGACACCAAUCGCGACUCUGGACCAGUUGCUGGAGCGGGCUGUUGCAAAUGGACUCCCCCAGGAACAUGUGGUAGCCGUGCGCUAGUUACCCGAGCUAUUUCCGGAUAUUUGGCGUGCGGUGGUUU